AUGUGGCUCUUCCGAGUCUUCUCGUCGGCCCUGUUCCUGGCCGUCACCGUCUCGUCCAUCCCACUAGCCUUCGACGUGGGCGGCAAGACAUGCGGUCUGGCCUUUUCGCUAUCCCUCGCAGCCUUCUACUUCCUGGUCUCACUGCUAAAGCUCUCGACCCCUGAUCGAUCCUGGUUCCGAUCCUCUAUUCUCGCGGUCAUUCGCUUUACGCAAUGGGCUAUCAUUCUAGUCCUCCUCAUCUGGUCCCUGAACCGCUUCUCCGACCUGGACGAUAACAGCUCCUGGGUCGAGCGCACUUUUAAUUGGAAGAGGGCGCAGGAUUCCUCCGUUCAUGAAUGGAUCUUUGGUCGCGACGGUCUGAUGGAGACUGUCGCUCUGGGAAACUGGGAGAUCCUUCUGAGAUGGUCGACACCCGUUUUCCAGCUCGCGGAGGGUUUCUGUAGCUUGUUGGUCAUCCAGGCUGCGGGGCAGAUCACUCGCUGGUUGGUGAAUCGCGGCGGGCGCAGUGAUAGUUGGAUGAUCGGUCUCCUCGUCUUGUCCGCUACCAUCAUCUCCAGUUCAGUCUACUUUUUGUGGCGCGUGCUACAAUUCCCGGAGAUCUCCAACGUCGAUGCAGCUCUCAUCGGUGUCUCCGUCACAUGCGCCGUCAUCCUCUGCGCCUGGGGAAUUGGCAGCGGCCGUGGAAAUCCAGUCGAGAGCUCCCUCCUCUUCGCCUACAUCGUGCUCUGCAUCUACCAGAUCUUCACGGACUACCAGCCCUCCCACCCGGUCGAGCAGAUUCCAUCGCCCGCCCAGGCUGGCGAUUUCCCGCCUUUCCCUCCUAUCAUCAUGGCCUCGUACACAACGCUCAUGCACGCCCUGUCGCUCCUCCCAUCCAUCAUCCACGCCGCCUUCAACGUGAUUACCGCCGUCUUCAGCGCAGUUACCCCAUCUGUUCUUAUCUCCCUCGCCUACCGCCUCUUGGUCCUCUACGCAUCCACACGUAUCAUCCCCGCAGUUCGCGAGUCCGGCGCCCGCGCCCUGUCCCAGGAAGCCUCUAUUGACGACUCCGACGCUGCAGGCCAGGUCCUAGGCUUCCUCAGUUACUUCGCCCCCACCAUCCUCAUCGCCGUGUACACCAGUCUUCUGAUGCAGCACUUCUCAUCAGCAUCGCAGGCCAUGGGAGGCAGCGGCGAGUGGUGGAGUAGUCAAGGGAGCGGCGGCGGCAAUCUCUGGCGGUGGAUCAACCUGGCGUGCACGAUCGCCCUAUACGCCGUUGAGCUGUGGCUCGGAGAGCACGACGAUCUCGACAACGGCCUGGCUGGACACUGGAAGACAGACUGA